GGCUGGCUCAAGUGUCAGUGGCUGACAGUUGGGUGGUAUAAAAAGUCAGGGCCACCAUGCCCUCAGUAGAACAAAUGCACUUCAUGAGACAAGCUGCUAUAGAGUUAGUGGAGUAAAAACCCCGACUUUGACAAGGUCAGAUCCUUGUUGACAUGGAUAUCCAACGAGCCGGCUCACUGAUGGGGUCCCCUAACUCGAUGGAGAGCCUGGAGAAGCAGCUGAGCUGCCCAAUCUGCCUGGACAUGUUCACCAAGCCCGUGGUGAUCCUGCCCUGCCAGCAUAACCUGUGCCGGAGCUGCGCCAGCGACCUUUACGACUCGCGCAACCCCUACCGCUUUUCGGGCGGCGUCUUCCGCUGCCCCACGUGCCGCUUCGAGGUGGUGCUGGACCGCCAUGGCGUGCACGGGCUCCAGCGCAACCUGCUGGUGGAGAACAUCAUCGACAUCUACAAGCAGCAGCAGGAGGGCAGUGGCAGCGGCGAGAGUAGCGCCCCCGAGGCGCCGGUCAAGCCCAAGGGCGGCAAAGAGCCCAUGUGCCAGGAGCACGAGGACGAGAAGAUCAACAUCUACUGCAUCACCUGCCAGGUGCCCACCUGCUCCAUGUGCAAGGUGUUCGGCGCGCACAAGGACUGUGAGGUGUCGCCGCUGGCCAGCGUCUACCAGGCGCAGAAGGCCGAGCUGAGCAACGCCAUUGACGCGCUGGUGGCCGGCAACGGGCGGCUGCAGGCGCUGCUGAACCAGAUGGAUGAGGCGUGCACCGCCGUGCAGGAGAACGCCCAGCGCGCCAAGCAGAACCUGGGCGAGCGCUUCGACGGCCUAUACGCCGUGUUGGAGGACCGCAAGGCCACGCUGCUCGACCGAGUUGGCAAGGAGCAGGACGAGAAGGUGGCGGUGCUGCGCGGGCUCGCUUCGCGCUACGGCGACCGCCUGCAGGCGGGCUCGGAGCUGACCGACACAGCGGUGCGUGCGCUGGAGCAGAGUGGUGCUGCCGAGUUCCUGCAGGCCUCCAAGGGCCUCAUUACGCAGACCAAGGAUGCGGCCAAGGGCUCGCUGGCCGAGGAGCGGCCCGAGCCGGGUUUCGAGCGGAUGGACCACUUCACAAUCAACACGGAGCAGGUGGAAGCACUGCUGGCCAAGAUGGACUUUGGGGUGGACGAUGAUGAGUUUGAGGAUGCCGAAGGGGAGGAAGAGGAGUGAAUGCACUCGAGGACUUUGACGUUGGUUUUAGGAGUUUAGGUUUGUCUAAAUGAAUUCUGAACGGAAUGUGGAGGGGAGUGUCGCAAACACCAACAACUUGACUUGCAAAGGUGCCUUGGACAGUAUUUUUAUACAAAAUGUAUGGUAGCCGAAAUGUACUGUAUUUUUUAAGAAAGAUUUUUGUAUUGUUCUCUAAUCACUUUCACUCCAUAAGUCUCAUUAGUGAGUCAGAAAUCCUCUAAAAAUAUUGGAGUCUGUGAUUUUUUUUUUCUUCUGCCACAGCAGUAGCUGUGAUUUGAAUGUAGAAUGUCUUGUAAAGUGCUCAGGCACGUGAAUCCAUUUGCCUGAAUGUCACUAAUUUCUAACUGGCCAUUAAAACAUUGACAAAACAAAAAUAAACGAUUCAAAUUGCUGAUUCCCAA